UCUUUGUUAUUUUUACCCUAAUUCUCACGUCUCUCUCUCUCUCUCUCUCUAACUCAAUCAAUAUUAUUAUUAUUUGUUUGGUUGCAGAAAAACUUCAUCAACAUGGCAAUGGAGAAACCAAACUUGAAUCAAGAUCAGAAGAUUUGCACAAACAACAACGUUCAAUUACAAGCACUAAAAUGUCCGAGAUGCGAUUCAUCAAACACAAAGUUCUGUUAUUACAACAACUACAGUCUCACUCAGCCAAGGCAUUUUUGCAAAGCAUGUAAAAGGUAUUGGACUAGAGGAGGUACUUUAAGAAAUGUACCCGUUGGUGGAAGCUGUAGAAAGAACAAGAGAAUUAGAAGGCCAUCAUCAAAUUCAUCUUCAACUUCUAAUUCUAAUCACAAUCCUAAUCCAUCCAGCUCAUCACUUCAUCUCGAACAUUCUUCAAACCCUAUAAUUCAUACUACUACUACUACUACCCAAAUGGAACAACCACCCUCAUCACCAAAUCCGUAUUUUUACAACUUGCCCUCGAAUACUUCUGACCUAGUUAAUCUUCUAUACCCAAAUCCAACUAGAUUUGGUGCUGAUCUUGGUUUAGGGUUUUCUCCUAUGGUCAACGUGGACCAUUCCAUUCUCUCGAGCUAUAAUAUUCAUAACCGUCCAAGCAUGUUUUCAUCAUCUGCCACUCUGUUUGACCAGCAAAAGCCUUUCUCAAGCUCUAUUGCAGAUAUUAAUGGGCUUAUGACCGUCAAUGGGAUGAACAUGAAGCAAGACAAAACCGACCAAGAAGAGGCGGGUCAAAACAGGUUGGAGUGGAAUUAUCAGUUAGCACACAAUUUCCAUAACCAGAUGGAAUCAGAUUCAUCUCUCUAUAAUAAUUGGAAUGCAUCAUCAUCAAUUGGCGGCGGAUCUUGGCUUGAUCCACAGAAUCUUCUUGGAUCUUCAGUCCCUUCCUUGAUCUAGCCCACACACACACAAAACCCCAAGACUUGCAUUAAUCAUGUUGUUUUUCGUUCUUUCUUUUAAUUAAUUAGGCGUUUUAACUUUUAUUCCAUUCCUUCCCUUUUGAAAGUAAACGGGCCGGCCGAGGGAGAAAGACAGGAAAUUUCCGAAUCGGGUUAUUAUCGACAGUUAAGAAGAGAGUUCUGGAUCCGGGAGAUCAUGUCAGCUGCAGAAUUAUUAUAAAAACUUCAUGGCAGCCCGUCUGUUCAUGCGGCUGAGAGGAACCUCGGAUCCUUUCCAUCAUAUUAUUAAUUAUGGUUCGAUCUAGUGAGUUGCUCUUUCCUUAUAAUUAAAUUGUAUGUAUAGACUACUUUUGUAUGUGCAUGGGGGUGAUUAAUUAAUGCACUACUUAUUACGAGUUUUAUUACUAGGUUUAAUUUGAGUGGGGAUUUUUUUUUAAAGUUUUUGGGGGUGUUUAAUUUGGAGAAUAUUUGUGUAUUGGUGAGGGACUUUGGUAUACUUGUGGGGAUACUUAGAGGGGGAGAGAGGGAGAUUGAUUGCCAUUUGUGUUAAUUAUCCUAAUUUUUAAUCUUAAUUAAUAUUGUUGUUAAGUCUUAUGUUAUUGUAUUUAUAAUUAAUUGUCAUACCUUAUAUAUACUA